CGCGCAUGCUUCCCGAGCGGUCUUCGCUCCUCCGUCCCACGCACAUUCUCUGCAAUCGCUGCGUCGGUAUGGACGCCCCCAUAUCUUCCUCGCCUUGGUUCUUUGUCUAGCUCUCAACCCUAGACGACGCACCAGAGGGCCACGGACAGAGGGGGGAGGAAGGAAGGAAGGCGCGCACCAGCAAAAGAGCACGUACCUGUGUCGAGAAAGGAGAUCGGAAAGCCCUUCUUGCUUUUGGCGACGGAUGGGGUGUGCCUUAUUAUAAUCCCACCGCGCGAGUCGGCAAGCGUGGAGGCGAGCUUAUAAAAAUACGCGACCAAGGAGGAGGUUGCUUCUUGCAAUCGCACGCUCCCACCUCAAAAGACCUCGCUCUUUCUUUAUCGGUGGUGCAGUCGCAGCAGCAGCAGUGGAGGGUGAGAGAUCCUGUCGCAGCCAGCAGCUGAGCUUACCUUUGCCUUUCGCUGUCUUUCUGCUGGUGCGCCCCUCAGAAGGCUCGAUAAAUACAUGUGGGUUCGUACUGGCUUGCAAUGUUAGCUGAUGUAGAGAGACGAGGUGCUUGCUUCUGUCCUUCGCCGUCGCCGUACACCGCCCCGAUGCCCAGCCGGCAGAUGACGAGUGCACUCAAGGGCGAGAAGCACAUUGUCUCGAAGAAGCCUCUGCACAACAGCGUGAACCAGCAGAAGCUCGACAACGGAUGCCAGCCACAGGAAGUGAAGAGCAUGGGCCGCCGUCGGGGGAGAGCGAGAGGCAAGGCCGCGGGGCGGCAGGUGAAGUUGGAAGCGGAAGCCGGACUCGAAAAAGUUGCUCCUCCUGUGUCAAGCAAGGGCAUUGUUUUCUGCCGGCGGCCAGGAUUUGGACAGGAAGGCACCAGGUGCAUUGUUAAGGCCAAUCAUUUCCUUGCCGAGUUGCCUGAUAAGGAUUUAAAUCAAUAUGAUGUGACAAUUAUACCGGAAGUAAGUUGUAGGAGUAUGAACAGGGCUAUUAUUGCAGAAUUGGUGAGACUGUAUAGGGAGACCGAGUUGGGAACGAGGCUUCCGGCUUAUGAUGGAAGGAAGAGCCUUUAUACAGCAGGGAGUUUGCCCUUUAAUUCGAAGGAGUUCAUCAUAAGGCUCGUGGAGGAUGAUGAUGGAAUGGGGGUUACUAGAGAAAAGGAGUACAGAGUUGGGAUCAAGUUUGUAGCCCGUGCCGACCUUCACCAUUUGCGCCAGUUUAUAGCUGGACAGCAGACUGAUGCUCCCCGGGAAGCCCUUCAGGUUCUUGAUAUUGUUCUGAGGGAAUUAUCAAAUCAAAGGUACAUAUCCGUCGGAAGAUGCUUUUAUUCUCCAGAUAUCAGAAAACCACAACGGCUGGGUGAUGGCUUGCAGUCAUGGUGUGGAUUCUACCAGAGUAUCAGACCAACCCAGAUGGGUCUCUCACUCAAUAUCGAUCCGUCAUCCACUGCUUUCAUCGAUCCUCUUCCUGUGAUUGAGUUUGUAGCUCAGGUCCUAGGCAAAGAUGUAUUGUCUAGACCAUUAUCAGAUGCUGAUCGUAUAAAGAUCAAGAAGGCCUUGAGAGGUGUCAAAGUUGAGGUCACACACAGGGGAAAUGUGCGGAGGAAAUAUCGAGUUUCAGGCCUAACGUCACAACCUACACAUGAACUGAUCUUCCCAAUUGAUGAUCAGAUGAAUAUGAAAUCUGUGGUCGAAUACUUCAAAGAGAUGUAUGGGUUUACAAUUCAGUAUGCUCAUCUUCCUUGCCUUCAGGUAGGAAAUCAGAAGAAGGCAAAUUAUCUUCCAAUGGAGGCUUGCAAGAUAGUUGAGGGACAGAGAUAUACAAAGAGGCUGAAUGAGAAGCAAAUUACUUCCUUGCUAAAAGUUACAUGUCAGAGACCCAGAGAUCAAGAAACUGAUAUUUUGCAGACAGUUCGUCAAAAUGCUUAUGGGCAUGAUCCCUAUGCAAAGGAGUUUGGAAUCAACAUCAGUGAGAAGCUAACCUCAGUGGAAGCUCGAGUACUUCCUGCUCCAUGGCUUAAGUAUAAUGACACUGGGAAGGAAAAAGAGUGCCUGCCUCAAGUUGGUCAGUGGAAUAUGAUGAAUAAGAAAGUGAUCAAUGGAUGCACAGUAAAUUACUGGGCCUGCAUUAACUUUUCUCGGAGUGUUCAGGAAAAUACUGCUCGUAGUUUUUGUCAGGAGCUAGCACAGAUGUGCCAAGUAUCUGGCAUGGAAUUUGACCAUGAACCAGUUAUCCCAAUAUAUUCUGCAAGGCCAGACCAAGUGGAGAAGGCCUUAAGGCAUGUAUAUAAUGCAGCAACCAACAAACUGAAGGGAAAAGAGCUAGAGCUUCUUAUAGCCAUCCUCCCUGAUAAUAAUGGUUCUUUAUACGGUGAUCUUAAACGAAUAUGUGAAACUGAUUUGGGGUUGAUCUCCCAGUGCUGCCUCACAAAGCAUGUAUUUAAGAUCAGCAAACAAUACCUUGCAAAUGUCUCACUCAAAAUAAAUGUCAAGAUGGGAGGAAGAAACACUGUGCUAUUAGAUGCCAUAAGUUGGAGAAUUCCUUUGGUCAGCGAUAUACCAACUAUCAUUUUUGGAGCAGAUGUAACACAUCCUGAGACUGGAGAAGAUUCUAGUCCAUCUAUUGCUGCUGUUGUUGCCUCUCAGGACUGGCCCGAAGUUACAAAGUAUGCUGGACUGGUCUGUGCUCAAGCACAUCGACAAGAGCUCAUUCAGGAUCUUUUCAAGACAUGGCAUGAUCCUCAACGGGGUACAGUUACAGGAGGCAUGAUCAGGGAACUACUGAUAUCUUUCCGGAAGGCAACAGGACAAAAGCCAUUGAGGAUAAUCUUCUAUAGGGAUGGUGUUAGUGAAGGGCAGUUCUAUCAAGUCUUGCUAUAUGAACUAGAUGCUAUUCGCAAGGCAUGCGCAUCCUUAGAACCAAAUUACCAGCCUCCUGUGACUUUUGUGGUGGUGCAAAAACGCCAUCAUACAAGAUUAUUUGCAAACAAUCACAAAGACAGAAGUAGCACAGACAAGAGUGGAAAUAUCCUACCCGGAACUGUGGUUGAUACUAAGAUAUGUCAUCCUGCUGAGUUUGACUUCUACCUAUGCAGUCAUGCAGGAAUACAGGGUACUAGUCGACCAGCCCACUACCAUGUUCUAUGGGAUGAGAACAAUUUUACGGCAGAUGAAAUGCAGACGCUGACAAACAAUCUCUGUUACACAUAUGCUCGGUGCACCCGGUCUGUUUCUAUUGUGCCACCUGCAUAUUAUGCUCAUCUAGCUGCCUUCCGAGCUCGGUUCUACAUGGAUCCAGAGGUAUCCGAGAACGCAUCACGCAGCAUGCACCAGACAAAUGGAUCCUCUGUGAAGCCCCUGCCUGCCCUUAAAGACAAGGUGAAGAGGGUGAUGUUCUACUGCUAGAAGGGAGGGAGGAGCAGCAAAGAAAUUACUUUGUAAAUCCAUGUUAUGUUUAUACUAUAGAGAGGCAGCUUCAGUUUUCCAGCAUGCUGGUUCCCAAACUAAGCCUUGCAGCCUUGUUGGGAACUGAAUUCUUGGUGUUGUAUACUAGCUAUUUCAGGAAAUGUGAUACAUGACUGAUGAUAUGCCAAUGUUGUGUUCUAUGUUUGAGCUUCCA